UUUUAUUUUAUUUAAGUUUUAGGUUGCUGCUUACUGACGAUUACAGUUUAUACUGAUUUUACUUUAUUAUAAAGAUAUAUAGCUUAAUUUUGUGUUAAUAUACCAUAACUGGUAGCUGUUCAUACAUUUAUCAGUUUUAGUAGUUAAAUACUGGUCAAUAUGGGAAGAGAUAAAAGAACAAGGAAGUUUGCUGAGAUGAAACGAAUGAUCAAUUUAAAGGAUAAACGAAUCACAAGAGAUAAUAAAAAAGAAAAGAAGAAAAAGGUGAAUAUUAAAAAGAAAGAAACUGGAGAACUGGUAAAGAGGUUCUUACCCCAGCAAUCUUCUGCAUUGUUCUUCAAAUACAACGAACAACUCGGGCCACCUUAUCAUAUCCUUGUUGACACGAAUUUCAUUAAUUUCUCGAUCAAAAACAAACUGGAAAUGAUGCAAUCAAUGAUGGAUUGCUUGUAUGCUAAAUGCAUACCGUGUAUAACAGACUGUGUUAUGGCUGAACUGGAAAAACUGGGUCCUAAGUUUCGAGUUGCCUUAAGAAUUGCGAAAGAUCCACGAUUUGAUCGACUACCGUGCAUGCAUAAAGGAACGUAUGCGGAUGACUGUUUGGUGCAGCGGGUGACUCAGCAUAAAUGUUACAUCGUAGCGACUUGCGAUCGUGAUUUGAAACGUAGAAUUCGAAAGAUACCCGGUGUUCCAAUCAUGUAUUUAUCACAACAUAAAUACACAAUAGAGAGAAUGCCGGAUGCUUUUGGUGCACCUAAAUCUGACCAGUAAUGUGGAAAUUAAAUGUGACGCAAUUAUUAAAAAAUAGCGCAUUCAAUUAUAAAAUUUAUCUUGUAACUUAACAAGAUGUAACAUUUUAAAUAUUUGGUGUGAAAGCAUCUAUCACUCAUGCAACUUUGUGUGUUUGUAAAUCGAGUUUAACAAGCAAUGAUAAUCCUAAUGUUAAAUUGUAUAACUAUUGUAAAUUUGAACUGUGUUUUGAAUGUGCAUUAGUAAACCUGAGUGAUAUGUGUUAACCUAUACUGGCAUCACAUGCUUCAUGCGCAAGAUGCACAUCAGUCACACAGGGACCCUGUGACAGGGUGUACCGCACACAAUACAGACAUGUAAAAAUUUGUGUAUUGAUCAAAUGGCAGGAAUAUCUUUCAGAUUGCAUUAAAAUUCAUCAGUGACUUUAAAAUUUUGUUUCAUUUUGUAAAGAAUUUGGAAUUUCUUGUCUUUAGUUUUAAAACACGUUUCAUGUGGUUGCAAAACUUAACUAAAAGUAUUGUGCAUUCAUUAG